AGUUCUCCUCCCCGCCAGCAGGAGGCGACAGAGAGUCCCAGAGAGCGAGACAACCAGCAAGUCAGUUUGUUUACAUGUAGCUGAGUUAGCUUUAGCAUCUUCUGAGCGACACCAUGGUCAAACAGCAGAGGAGAACGGACAGGAGUUUUGAUCCGGCUGCAGGGAGCAGCGUGCCGCGGGUUCGAUUCCCCGCCGCCUGCCCGGUUCCCAGGAGAAGCUCCGGCACCACCGAAGAAGAGAGAGGAGACCCGGGAGCAGCUAGAGGUUCAGCAGAGACUAAGAGGCCCAGACUAGAGGGGGGAACGGAGGAGGCUCCGGCCAUUAGAGAGAGAGCCCCGGGGUCAUGUGAUCAGCCGGGAGGGGAGAGCUGCUCCCCUGCAGAUGGAGUUUCCUGCAGACCGUCUCCUCCGGACCAGCAGGGCGCAGCAGAGCUCAGCGAGCUGCAGGGUGUGAGGUCACUAAAGGUCACGAUCCAGCAGCGCAGUGAGAGCCGAGCGUUCAGACAGACAGACGGGUCGGCAGAGAGACAGACAGACGGACUCCGCUGUCACGUCUGUCGCCUCACCUGUCGCUCUCUGGAGGUGUUUCAGGAACACAUGGCGGGAUCAGAGCACCUGAAGAAGCUGAAGGAGAUGACACACUCCAUCAGCCUCAACACACACACACUGCAGGACAGGGGGCGUCGGCCCGACUCUCAGCGUUGGUGCAACGCCUGUCAGACUCACUUCAGCGGUGAUGUCGUCAUCCAUCGACGGACCAAACAACACAAGACGUGUAAGCAGCUGUGCAGGCCCUUCUGUCCGGUGUGUAAAUGUCCCUUCAGGACUCCUCGCAAGUUUGUGGAGCACAUGAAGUCUGCAGAGCACAAGGAGCAGGUGCAGGUGCAGCUGCAGGAGGCGCAGGAGGAGGAGCUGAUCACUGUGGACGCUGUGGGCUGCUUCCAGGAGGAGGAGGAGGAGGAGGAGGAGGAGGAGGAGGGGGAGGAGGGGGAGGAGGGGGUAGAAGUAGCUAAAGAAGAAGGAGAUGGUGCUGCAGGAAAAGAAGAAGCAGCAGGAGUAGUGAAAGCAGAGGUUGAGGAAACUCAGGAAUAUGACCCUAAAACCAUAUAUGGAAGUAGUUUUGUGCUUCCUGUUUCUGGCUUCCUGUGUCGACUGUGUAACAAGUUCUUCCUCAGCGAGAUGUCAGCUCGACACACACACUGCAGGACGCACACACACUUCCUCAACCUGCAGAGCUUCACAGCGGGGGGGGCAGGUGAGGACGCUCCCUCCUGAUGUAUGCACCCCUGUGUCCAGGUGAUGACGUCAUCCUGCUGUUUGUGGAUUUCACGCAUUUUUCUAUCCUGAGAUAAAUAAAUGUCAGAAAUACAAAACUGGACUUUUUAAGGAUUCCGUUUUCUGAUGUUUUUCCUGGAGCUUCACUGAAACACAUUGGAGCUGCUGAAGAUGUUUUAUAUCAAAGAGUUAAUCUGUUGUUUUAAUAUCGUGUGUUGCUGACUAUUUAAAACACAUGUAUUACUUUCAUUUAAGACACAUUUGGUAAACUGGAUCAAUUAACAAAUAAAAUGAGACCAAACUGA